CUGGAAUUCUCUACCAGGACACAUAAUAUCAUCACCUUUACAGUGUUAUAAACUUCAAGGAUUAAUAUAGGUCAAUAGACCUCCUAUCUUUAUUACUAAAGACUGAAUCUACAAUGACCUCUGCGGGUUCCUCAAAUAUCUUUGAGGUCGUUCCUUUUUCUUCCCACCCUCUGGUAUGGUCAACCAGUUGAGAAGUAUGGCCUGCAGACAUGUCCAAAACAUGGUCCAAAGCGUCUCAAAAUGUUCUGGGAACGAGGCACCAUACUCACCAAUUGUUGAUACUGGUUGUGACUCCCCAUCUAGCCUUCCUAAAGCCUGUAAAACAUCGGGACUAUCCGAAAAAAAAUCUGAGUCUCACUCCGUAAUUGAUGCAAAGUGUCUGAACAAAAGCUGUGUUUCAUCAAGUGUUCCUCAAGCUUGUGAUUUCCACUGCGAAGGAGACCAACAAUUAAAUGUCAAAUGUGCACAGUCAAAAAAGAUAGCAUCUGAAGAUUUGGAUGACCGUCAAUCUCCAAAUGAUUACCUUUGGCAAAAAUUGGAAGCAUUGGUUGAUCAGAUGAUCUCAGAAGAGGAUGGAAUUCCCGUCCGCAAUGUUAAAAGUCUAAUGUCAAUAAUUCCCAGCACAUUUACCGGUAGUGAUAUUGUUCAUUGGUUGAUGGAACACAUUGGAGCUAGUGAUGUUACUGAAGCCGUUCAUAUUGCUAGUCGUAUUGCGUCUAUGGGUUAUAUUUUUUGCAUUGAUGAUCAUGUACUCACUGUGAAAAAUGAUGGACACACGUACUAUCGAUUUCAAACUCCUUUCCUUUACCCAAGUCGAUGCAUGGAGGCAGAUACGGCAGAUUAUGCUGUUUAUUUAUGUAAACGCACCAUGCAAAAUAAACAGAGAUUGGAACUGGCUGGAUUUGAAGCUGAACGCCUGGCUAGUUUACAAAAUAUUUACUGCCAUAAGUGGGAGUUCAUUUAUAUACAGGCAGAAGCAGAAGCUAAGGUAGAUAAGAAAAGAGAUAAAUUAGAGAGACUGGUACUUGAAUCACAAGAACGAGCCUAUUGGGAUUUACAUAGACCACCACCAGGCUGUAUCAAUACAACGGAUAUUGAUAUGCGUAAGUUGUGUCGCGCUAAACGCCCUAAAAAAACCACAUCUCGACCUAUAAAUUUCCCUAUUCCGAGUGGCCCAGAUGGAUCUAUUUUAUUUUCCGUUUUGGAUGGUCUUUCACUACGAGAUAGGAUAGACAAACUUCAUACUUGUUCACGUACAAGAAUUAAAUCAUCUAAAGCUGCUGAGAGUUUGCAAAACUUUGCCGAUCAGUAUUCUGAAUUUGAUUUACUUUUAUCUACGUCAACAUCUAUCAGUUUUUCUGCACCGUCUACGAUUGGAAUAAGUCAACCGAAUACAGCUUCUUCUACUAGCCAGUUGGCGUUAGGUAGUUUAAGUGUGAAUACUAAUUCCUUUACCACUGCCACUACGCCAACAUCUAUAUUACGUACAUCCGGUGAUAAAUUAAUUCACCAUACUCGUAGUAUUUCAGCUACUGGAUUUAAUGGAAUCACAUCAUUAACUUCAAUGUCAUUAGCUCGUACCAGCAGUGGAACAGGAAAUGGUGCACAUAAUUUCUCGACAGGUGGUCAAAUUUCUAGUGGACAUGGAUCAGCUAAACAUAUGGGAGUAAUUACUGCUAAUUCACCUAAUUCAGGCCUUCUCACACUACGUUGGUAUUUUGGCCCGGAUUACUAUUACAUAAUACUAUUGGACUCUGUCUUUCUCGUCAAGCCGUCGGUGCCAUCAUUCGCAGGAGAAUCUAUGUUAAAUCAAGUGGACUUAUUUGUGGUUGUCAUCUCAGAGAGCAGCCUUCAAGUAACAUUCAUUCCGUAAUAAUUGUUAUUAUCAUAUCGCUCGAUAUAUCAUUUGUAUUAUAACUGUGAAUUGUGAUCCUUGGUUUUUACCCGUACACAGACACCUAAAGUUUUUACGGUUAACUCAUUUGGUAUAUUAUUAUUGACUUAGUGUAUUGAUGUACCUUGUAUAAACUCUUUUUGCUGGGAUUCACCACAAGGUCUAACUUCACAAACCACUCCUUAUAUAACAAACUCGGAAGUUCUGGAUCUGCACCGGUAGCUUCUCUCUGCACGUUUUCAAUGGUAUUUGAGUCAUCUUUAUAAAGGAGCUCGCAGCCUGAUCCCAGUUUUUAAGUUUGGAUCUCACUAAGUUUGUAUACACUGUAGUGGACAUAUUAGUAUUCAACUUGAUAAUUGUCCGUCUUAAAGCCCAUAGGGUUGUAAGCUGUGACCGCGCGGCACUAGGUCGUAAUUUUUAGAUCAUGAUCGUAGUACCCUCAAUGUACAUGUAGACACACUUGGUUGUAUUGAUAAGCAACAGUUAUUUUUUAGACCACCUAACCAGAAAUUUUAAAUCUGUCUGACGUGAACAUUCAUUCACGUCGCCUGCUAUUUCUCGCCAAAUUUUUAUAUAAUCAGCGUAAAUUAACGCCAGGGACUCAACUACACUUGGGAGUUCAUUUAUAUACAUAAUAAGGAGUGAAGGAUUUAUAACAAAUAUCGUUAGUUUAUUGAGGAGAAAAAAUAUCGGCAUUUUGUAAAGAUAUACUAUAUGAAUUAACCAUCUGGAUCUGGGACCCCUAAGACUUCGGUCCAAUUUAUGUUCAUAUUUAGAAGCCUGUGGCGACCAGUAAUUCACCUAAAUAGAAGCUUAAAAGCAACUGAAGUAGAUUGUGACCAAUUUAGUUCAAAUGGACAAAUUGCUAGCGGAUGUUGCUUCACCUUGUAUCCCCGAUACAUCAUGUUAUGGAGAUCCUUAACAAACUUUGAUUGAUUUUGAAUUCUAAAUACAAUACGUUCCUUUGUGCUCAUCUACUUUCAUUUGGCUUAAAUCGCGGUUUCGGGAGUUCCUAGUUAGUACGGCAUUUCGAAUAUUUCUAAUUAUCAUACUACAUUUUGUCCGUAGAUUUGAAUUUUGAAGACAAAAGAGUAUGAUAAUCAAAGAUACAUGUCAUUGGUCAAUGAAUGUUAAGGAAUAGAAUUGUUCGAAUACAGAACCCUGAGCUACUGUAUUUGGUAUCUUCGGGCUAUCUAAUAAUGUGGAGCAAAUCUAGUUAGUAGUCUUCACUCACGGCAUUCUUAUAGGUACUCGAUUAGGCACUCAUUAACUCACACGGUCUUCACUUUUAAUUAUACUAUUAUAUCGUGGUGAACGAGAACUAAGGUGGGGAACACUAAUUUAUUGAUAAAUGCAAAACUACAGAGUGCCUUCAUAAGAUAUAAAAACCAUACGUUAAGUACAUUAUUUGCAUAUCUUCAUUCAAUUUUCCUUAGAAUGCAUCAUGAUUCUUCCAAUUCUGUUGUUAUUACAACUGCUAUCUAUUGUCUACCUGGUCUCUCUAAUUCAGACUUCUUAGCAUUCUACUGACAGGUAUUCUGCAUCCAACUUUUGCUAAAUACUACUUAUAUCUGUCCGUAUCGAUAGCACGCACUACACUAUGACCGAUUAUUUCAAAUAUUUCCGGGAAUUUAAAAGAUUCGUGUUAUUCGAAACGUUUUAAACCUUUGGUAAAUAUUUUCUUUAUGACAUGACUGGUCAUAUUUACCCUGAUAAGUCAGAUGAAUGCUGAUCGUUGUGGUCACUUUUGGCUUCAGAUGGUUUUAGGUGGGAACAACAAGUUGGUUAGUACCUGUUAUCUGUAUCCGAGUAUCCGGUGGUAAUUUCUAAACGCUGAAAUACACAAGUGCAUAACUCAACAAAAUGAUUUAUUGAGAUUAAUCAAGUGUCAAACUUCGACACAUUUCUUCUGUUUGCUUAGUAUGGCUGAAGACUGGCUGUAGUGAAGGCGGUCACAGUAUCUGUGUUAAACAAGGCACAGGGUAGAAUAAAUGCUGAUUGAGUGGAACCAUAGAAUGUUUAUGCAAUACAUACACCUGGUCUUCAGUCAUUUAUUUAUAUCCAGUAAAGUCUGUUACAAAUCAUGCUGAUUCCUGAUUGCUUUCUGUUGCUCUUCUACAGGACUGAAGUGUUUUUGACCUCCAGGAUCUUUUCUCUCCAGCCGUCAACAGUAGCAACUUUCACAAGUCAUUCCGCUACACGCGUCAAUUUAGUGACCCUGUAUCUGACUCAAAUUGGACUGUAUGCUGAUUGUCAUCUAAAUAUACGUGUCGACUAUC